CUUCAAAGCAGUAAAAAAGAUUCCAAAGAAGCUCAGAUAUCCCUUAAAACCAUACAGGUUCAUUGAGAGAUUCAGGAGCCUUGAAGAUCACAGAUUGAGAGAGUCAAUCAACACCCACGGAUUGAGAGAAUCAAUCAACUAUCCAUCACCAUCUCCACCACUGAUCAUCAAUCUUCUAUCCAUCAACCAUUCCAUCCCUCUAUCCUUUUUAUUUCUUUUAUUAUCUUAUCAUUCAUAAACUCAUUGUUCUUCCUUUGUUUCAGGUUAUCUUGAACGUGAAAGGACAGUAUUUCAUCCAUCAACCACCUUCAUCUCUACCGAUUUCUCAACCAUCACCAUAUCAUCGACCAUCUCACCAUCCUAGCUUCUGGGGCUGUAUCAAUCUCUGAUACCAUGAAAAUUUCUCCAACAAUCUUGCUUGACGUGCCAUUAGAUUCUUUGAUCAUGAGUGAAGAAAUAUUUGGCCCUCUCCUGCCAAUCCUCACGCUCAACAACCUGAAAGAGUGUUUUCACGUGAUUCAUUCUCGACCCAAGCCACUUGCUGCGUAUUUGUUUACCAAAGACCACAAGCUGAAAGAGAGAUUUGCCAAGACAGUUUCUGCUGGAAGCAUAGUAGUUAACGACACAGCUGUUCAUUUUACACUUCCCACAUUGCCAUUCGGAGGAGUCGGUGAAAGUGGAAUUGGUUCUUACCAUGGUAAAUUCUCAUUUGAUGCAUUCAGUCACAAGAAAUCUGUUCUCUUCAAAAGCUUUUUAGGUGAUUCAGCCAUCAGGUAUCCACCAUACUCUAGAAAAAAGUUAGACUGUUAAAGGCUCUUGUCAACAGCAUAUCUAGUG